UGGACGUCAACAUGGGAGCUUCUCAGUCUGGACCAGUGCAUAUGUUCCAAGAUCUGGCUCAUAAAACUGGCUUUUCCAUAGAGCAGAUAAAAAACCUCCAUAACAGAUUUACGUACCUGACUCAAGAUGAAGACACUUUAAGACGUGAACACCUCGAGAAUAUUAGCAAUUUGGCCCUCAAUCCAAUCCGAAGACAGAUCAUUGAGGCCUUCUUUGAUAAAAGGAACAUGGGUGAAAAAGAGAAGGGCUGUCUGCAGGAGAUCGGUUUUGAGGAAUUCGUAACGGUCCUGUCUUUCUUCAGACCACCCAAACCACGCACUGCAGACGAGGAGAUGAAAAACGUCAAGAAGGAGAAACUACGCUUUCUAUUCAACAUGCAUGACACUGACAAGGACGGCAUCAUCACGCUGGACGAAUACAGACGUGUGGUGGAGGAGCUGCUGUCCAGCUAUGAAACCAUAGGAGCAGAAACCGCCAAAGCCAUUUCAGACGCUGCAAUGCUGGAGGUGGCGAGUGUCACUGUGGGUCAGAUGGGUCCUGAUGAGUUUUAUGAGGGAAUCACCUUUGAACAGUUCAUGCAGAUAUUGAAAGAUGUAGAGAUCGAGACCAAGAUGAAUAUUCACUUUUGGAACUUGGACACCAGGACAAUGCAAUGUGGGAAAUGAGAGUCAUUUCCGCUUCACAACAUUACUUUAUAGUCACCACAGUCGUUAUUUUAGACCUAAACGUGUAAAAUUUGUCCCACGUAUUCAACUCGUAGUAU